GGAGUGUUCUCUUGAGCUUUAGCAUUUAGGGGGAGAGGUUAUAUUGUGUGUGAUCUCUCCCACAAUUUUUUUCUUUUCUUUUCUCUCCUUCCCCUUCUUUGCCACGGAAAACAAAUGCUAAGGUUCCGUGUUCCAAUUCACAAAACAUGUAAUCCAAGUUUUGUGAUAGAUAUCAUAUAUCAUAUAUCAUAUAUAUAUAUAUGUUAUAGGCCACAAUAAGUUGUGUCAAAAAUUUGUCGACAAGAAAAACCGUGUCUUGGUUUAGUUGCUGGCCGGUGUUGUGUUUUUUUGAGUUUUUUUGUGUUUGUUUGUGUGUUGGUUUGGUUGUUUUGGUGUUUGAAAGAAUGGCAAAUGGAGAAGAGAAAAGCAAUGAUGAUUUGUAUGCAGUGUUGGGGUUGGAAAAGGAAUGCACUGCUUCGGAGCUCAGAAAUGCUUAUAAGAAACUUGCACUGAGAUGGCACCCAGAUCGUUGUUCAGCAUCAGGGAAUUCAAAGUUCGUGGAAGAAGCUAAGCAAAAAUUCCAGGCCAUCCAACAAGCCUAUUCUGUUCUAUCUGACUCGAACAAAAGGUUUCUGUACGAUGUAGGAGUCUACGACAGUGAUGAUGACGACGAAAAUGGAAUGGGUGAUUUUCUGAAUGAGAUGGCAGUGAUGAUGAGCCAGACAAAAUCUAAUGAAAAGGGGGAGGAGACCUUUGAGGAAUUGCAGGACUUGUUUGAAGAGUUGUUUCAAGGGAACGAUGACACUUUUGGCUCAAGCUCACAGACUACAACCAGUGAAACUUCUAGUUCCAACAACAAACGCAAUUCCUCUGAAAUGAAUUUAGGGAUUUCAGAUUUGGAGGGUAACUUGAACUUUCAGAAUUUCUGUAUAGGGACAGGUGGAACAACAAGAAGAUGCCAUGAAGGGGAAGGGGGUAAGAGAAGUUCCAGGAGGAGCCGGCGAUAGACGAAGACAUGGCAGGAAACAAAAGGUUUCAUCUGGUCAUGAUGUCUCCUCCACCAACUAUUCUGGCAUCUCUGUUUGAUGAUCCACUAAUUCAUUCACUAAUAGUUGCAAAUCCAAUAUUAGCAUUUCGGAUAGCUUAAAAAAUUGACUUGACCUUGAGAGGGAUGGUGCACCAUAUAUCCAGGAAAAUACUACAAAUUGUUUUUGCUUAUAUAAGUGGAUGCGGUUACAAUACUGUCACCAGUGGAAUCAUGAAUCCUUGUUCUAGCCCCAUUGUACUGCUUUGCCAUCGCUAAGCCAGUGUUCAAUCUUAAUUUUUUAGUUGCUAUGCCCUGCUUCCAAGCAUUUGUUAUGUUACUUUGGAAACAAAUUAAUGAUUUCUUCUCUAGAUUCUAGUCA